CGGAGCCAGCCAAGCAGCUGGCUGGGAGGGCUUCCACCACCGUCCAGCGACUGCCGCAGCGCAGCUGGGAAGAAAGGGGAAGGGAGAGGCCGCCGGCUCCGGAUCGAUCACCGGGUCCAAGCACGGCCUCAGGGGGAUCGAUGGCUAGCCCGUCCUGCUCGUGAGGCACGCGGCGCGGUGGCGCCUUUGGAAGUGCCGCGAAGCCAGCAUGUGGACUGGCCAGGCCCAUAUUGAGGAGGCCAGGCAACAGCUCCAAAAGCAACCAGUGGUGGGACAAUGGAAGCCUCUUGCAACAACUAACAGAGGGCAAGAGUUACAACCCUCAGAGCCUUCUGUCAAGAGCCUGGCAGGUGGGGAUGAGAACCAGUCAGUGGCACAAUUGAAUGUCUCCCGCUUGCGCAGCUCCUCAGUAGAAAUCCGUGAGAAGGGCUCUGAGUUCCUGAAAGAGGAGCUCCAUAGAGCUCAGAAGGAGUUAAAGUUGAAGGAUGAAGAAUGUGAGAGACUCUCCAAAGUCAGGGAGCAGCUGGAGCAGGAACUGGAGGAGCUGACAGCAAGCUUGUUUGAGGAAGCCCACAAGAUGGUUCGGGAGGCAAACACCAAGCAAGCGGCAUCAGAAAAGCAGCUGAGGGAGGCCCAAGGGAAGAUUGACAUGCUGCAAGCAGAGGUGACAGCCUUGAAGACACUGGUGAUAACGUCAACUCCUUCUUCUCCAAAUCGGGAGCUGCACCCACAGCUUCAGAGCCCCACCAAAACAGCCUUCAGGAAGGGACAUGGACGCAACAAGAGCACCAGCAGCACGGGUGCAAUCACAGUUGCUGGCCAGAAUGCACCCCAGGAGCCAGUCAACAGUGAAUUCAAAGAGAUGGAUUCCAUCUUGUUUGCAGAAUUCCAGGCUUGGAAGGAGUCUCCAACGCUGGAUAAAUCAUGUUCUUUUCUCAAGAGGAUUUACCAUGAAGAUGUAGGCCCUUGCCUGGACUUCACCAAGCAUGAACUUUCAGAGCUGGUUCAGGCAGCUGUGGAGCAGAACACCCUUACCAUUGAGCCAGUGGCUACCCAGGCAUUGCCUGUAGUGAAGGUGUCAGCCAUUGAAUGUGGUGGACCAAAUGGGUUCCGGUCCCAAAUUAUAACGAAAUGUGCUCUGAGUGGUCUGUCCCGAGCCUGCAGGCAUCGCAUCAAAUUGGGGGACUCCGGGAAUUAUUACUACAUUUCCCCUUCCUGCAGGGCCAGGAUUACAGCUGUGUGCAACUUUUUCACUUAUAUUCGGUACAUCCAGCAGGGACUGGUGAGACAAGAUGUGGAAUUGAUGUAUUGGGAAGUCAUGAGGCUCCGGAAGGAAAUGUCCAUUGCCAAAUUGGGCUUCUAUCCCAGUGAGAUGUAAAUGGAAAAUGGUGAUCAGGAAGGAUAUUUUCCUACAGUUAUUCUGUGGACACCCAGAAAAUUGACAACAGAAUGUCUGCUCAUAUUCAAGAUGGCACAAUAUUAAUUGAAAAUGUAACAAGCAGGGGCUUUCCCUAUUGAGUGACUGCCUCAGAUUCCUGAGAGCAACUACUCCAGGCAUAUUAACCCAUUGAAUAUGAGCUCUCUGGCGCUAUGGAGUGAGGCCAUGUUGGGACUCCUUCCUUUUUUUCUAUGCAUUCCUCCUCAGCCAGUAUAUAAUAUUCUACUUAAAAGCCACUAUAUGAAUAUAUAUAUGUAUGUAUGUAUGUAUACAUAUAAAUAUAUAAAAAAUAUUCCUGAGGCCUCGGCUGGACCUUGGGCUCAUUACCCGCUUGCUACUCUGAAAUCUAAAUGCUGUUGGUCAUUGCUGCAUAGAUAGAAAGAUAAACUCUGCUGUUCCAGCUUUCCAAAUGCCAGCACCCACUGAAAACUGUCUUCCUUGAGAGUUGUGAAGUGCAGACUCCUCCAGUAUUUCUUAAGAGCCUGAAAGAAGUAGCCAGGAAAGGCAUAACUAAUGCUUUUGACUCUGGUUGUAGCUCAGGGUUUGCCUUUGAAGGAUCCAUGGACCCCAUGCCACACUCUGAAGGCUGGCAUUAAUUCUAGGCCAAUCCCAGUCAUGAUGGAAGAAUGGGGAAGUGACAUAAUGGCUACCAACUCAUGACUAUGGACUUCUUUUUCAUGUCAUGGACGUUCUAGAAACAGCUCUUCCCACCUGAAAUCAUUCUUCCCCAAGGCUUCUCCAACUGUGCUUUGUUGCAUUCAACAUACUAGUCAUAGAUCCAUUGCCAUGAUCUUCCUUAACCCCACAUUUCAGCUGCACUCCUGGUUCUCAUUAGACACUUGCAUCUGGCCAAGUAUUUUCUGAACUUAAGCAUUCUUGUUUUGCUUUAUUCACGUCCAAACAAAGAUUGACCUCAGAUACUGAAUUUUCUAGCAAGUUAUUAGAAGUUACGCAAAUUCUGCAUUUUUGAAAAUGUGGGGGUUAUUUGGAUUUACUUGGUAAAACUUCAGUUUUGGUCCCAGAGUGUUGGUGAGGAUCUCUCUCUUUUUGUUGUACUUUAGAGUAUAAUCAGACUUGACGCUGAAUUUUUAAAUCAAAGAUCAAGAUGACCUGUUGGAUGUUAACAAAAUAAAGCCCCUCUUCAUUUUCAAGUUAAAGAAAGAACCAGCUUUCUCUUUUGGAUAUUAUUUUGAGACUUCUGAGAUAAGAACUGAUACAGGCUUCCUAGAAGUCAUACAAUUUGCCUUGGCAGCCAUUCCCUCCUACUUUCAGACAGAGUUGUUUAGUUGGUGGUUACUCAUUGUGGAAGGCACCUGCUAUUUCAUCUUCCAUCCAUGAAUAAUGGCCAUGAAACUCAGGUUUUGCUGGUAAUCCAUGAAGUCUCUAUAACCAGAGCCUCCUGCUAGAAUGAAUUAGCAGAUCAUUUCAACUUAUGUUACAGAGUGAUUGCUCCACUGGUUCCACUGGGCAAAUAUCCCUGUUUGGAAGCAGAGUUUUGCAUACAGUGUGGCUUCAUUUUGUCCCCUGAUGUUUGUCCCCUUUUCCUGGGUCUGGAUGGACUUACCAGACUUUCAACUUUACCAUCACAACAGGAGGAAGCCAAGAUGGGUAGAGGCUGUCAAGUGAUCAUUGGUGGGUUGUGGGGAUUCUCUUCUGAAUGGGAUUUGAAGCCACAUCUGACAGUGCUGCCUUUAAUCUCUGAAUUGGACCCUACCAUUUCUAUUCUUGAGGAAUUAGUGUUUUCUUCAGUUUGUCUUGAAAUUACUAGCUUGAUUUCACUACUACGAUAUGUUUAUGAGCAAUGGAGUAAGAACUCUUGGGUUUCAUGGAAGUUACUGACUUGGGGGUGUUGGAUAAUGUUGCAUAUCAGUGGCUGUCUUCCUGGCCCUAGUUGUUGGAGUGGAACUGAAGAUCUCCUGCUGCUUUGCUGUUUACUAUCCCCUGGCUACUAUCCUAAUCACUUAUAGUACCACUUGGGGGCUAAGGACUGUAUACAUUCAUGCAGCAAAUAGAAACUCUUCUCCUGAAGGAUGUAUUUGGGGAAUAUGCUGUUGAAAUCAUGUAACCAGGAGAACUAGCAAUAACACUCCCUUUUCCUGCUGUAAGAUUGCUGUACGUAAUAGGACAGCCGCACCCACGUGAAAGACUAAAUCAGAGUUUUAGAACUGCUUCUUUUACAGCAGGCACUGCUGCCUUUCUCAUCUCACCACCCAGACAUCUAAAAUGCUCACUUGAGCUAUGUGAGUGUAUGAAGAGCAGUCGUUUGGGCCAGGGAGGCAGUUACUCAUGCAGCAUCUUGCAAAGACCUCGGAAUGAAAUUGGCAAAGGAGGCCUUAAAUCUGUUUAUACUCAGUGGUGAGCAUGUAUCUGAUUACUUUUCUGUUGAGCUGUAAUCAGAUAUGGACUUGCUUCCAGCAACAUUUGCUUUGGGGACAUUGACUUUCACAACUUUGCCUGCAGGGUGGUACAGGACUUGACCCAUUAAGCACCUCAAAGCAUUCUGGUGGCUUAUAUGCCAUCAGCCUCCUCCAGCCUGGUGUUCUCUUGAGGUGUUAGCUGAGAACUCUAGUUCAGCCCAUCUGGAAGGCAGCAAGAUGGUGGAGAGUUCACUAAGGCACUGGGAUAGGCAAGCAGAUGAUUAAUUGAUUUGAUCUGAUUAAUGGUGGUGAAGGACAGCUGAAGGGUUUCCAGUUGCAAUAGCUGGUCCUUGUAGAGAUGGUGACUCUCUUACGAGAAUGUUCAGUUUGUUCAUUGAAAGGGGGUUUAGCAUUGUUUUGAGUACAAAAUUAACUGCUGUGAAGAAGUGUAUCCUCUAAAAUCUCACAUCUGCACAAUAGGUACUUCUCACACCAAAUUCAUUGCGAAGGCCCCCAGUUUAUUUCACACUGGCUGGAGGUUCUGUACUGUAACUAUUUACUUAUUAAUAUCUGGUCCUAUAAGAGAUGACGGAAAUGAUUAUAUCAAGAUGGCUUUGCUAGCUGCAUCAUUUGCAGCCAACUUUUCCCAAGUUACAAGAAGCGCAUUGGUUGCCUGAAAAGAAAAAAAAAGCUCUUGCAUAUUACAGGCAGCUUUGAAUCUUUUCUCCUGGUUGCAUUACUCUCUCUUCCUUACUUGUAUGUUCCUAUUCUAAUAACAUAUGCUGAUUUCUAUUUAAUAAAUAGACUCCAAUGCUGACAUGAA